CAUGUGCAGGGUCCUAUCUAUAUUAUAAUGGUUACUAAAUAUCUCUUAUUGCAGCACUGCGUGUGUGUGGAUUGGAAGCAAAUGUAUGAUGAAAUUACAAGGUCAUGAGGCAGCUGUAUGGGCUGUCCAACUGAUGCCAGACCACGGACUUAUGCUCACAGGUUCAGCUGACAGGACAAUCAAGAUGUGGAAGGCCGGAGCAUGUCAAAUGACCUUUACCGGUCACAGUGACUGUGUCAGAGGUCUAGCUGUGCUCUCAGCUCUGGAGUUUUUGUCCUGUUCUAAUGAUAGCACCAUCAGAAGAUGGAUGUGCACAGGUGAAUGUCUCCAAGUGUACACGGGACAUACAAGCUUUAUCUACAGUAUUGCAGCUCUGCCUGAUGACUGUGGCAGUUUUGUCUCUGUUGGAGAAGACAGGUCACUGCGAAUAUGGAAGGGAGGAGAAUGCUCUCAGACAAUCACACUCCCUGCCCAGUCAGUCUGGUGUGUUACAUGUUUAAGUAAUGGAGACAUUGUAGCUGGUUCAAGUGAUGGUAUUGCACGUGUUUUCACUGCUUCUGAAGAGAGAUUUGCAUCAGAAGAAGAGUUAAAGCUAUUUGAUGCUGAAGUUGCAAGUCAUGCUAUUCCAGCUGAGGCUGCCAGUGGUCAGUUGGGUGAUGUCAAACUAGAGGAUCUUCCCGGUCCAGAAGCUCUUCUUAGACCAGGUGAUAGAAGUGCUCAAACAAAGCUCAUAAGAAGAGGAAACAUAAUUGAAUGCCACCAGUGGAAUGGCAUGGAAACAAGAUGGGAUAAGGUAACAAUUUUUAUGGUGCAAGCAAUUGAUUACUUAGUUCAUAGUUAGUAACUAUGCUUAGUAGAACCAGAGGUUGAUAACUGCAACAGGAAAACAACAACCAAAGACUAACCAAACAAACAUGUCACA